AUGCAAAAGGAAGAGAUGGAUCCAGGACACACAGAUAGUGACAAAAAAAGCCCAGAAGACAAUGACUCCAUCCAUAUGUGUGACAUUGGUAACAAGGUCUGCUCCCAUGGAGAAAUCAUCAGAGUGAAAGAGUUGGGAAUCCCAGCAGUGAUAGAUGAAGGAGAAACAAACCGGAAAGUGAUUGUUAUUAAUGUUGAGGCUCCAGAUGCUGGAGACUUUAAUGUUAUUGAGGAUGUAAUGAGGCUUAGGCCGGCAUACCUGGAAGCCACAGUGGACUGGUUCAAAAAGUAUAAAGUACCAAAUGGGAAACCUGAGAGCCAGUUUACAUUCAGUGGUGAAUUCAAAAACAGGGACUUUGCCAUAAAGACCAUGAAAGAUCUCCACGAAUAUUGGAAGGCACUGAUAUUGAGCAAGAAUAAAGCCAACGACCUUAACUGGUGUGACAGUGAACAAGUCUAUCACUCUCUAGUAAUACACACCUAA